ACUGCAGACACAGUACAGGGAUGACCAGAGACUGCAGACACAGUACAGGGAUGACCAGAGACUGCGGACACAGUACAGGAGAUGACCAGAGACUGCGGACAUAGUACAGGGAUGACCAGAGACUGCGGACACAGUACAGGGAUGACCAGAGACUGCGGACAGUACAGGGAUGACCAGAGACUGCGGACAGUACAGGGAUGACCAGAGACUGCGGACACAGUACAGGGAUGACCAGAGACUGCGGACAGUACAGGGAUGACCAGAGACUGCAGACACAGUACAGGGAUGACCAGAGACUGCGGACAACAGUACAGGAGAUGACCAGAGACUGCGGA